AUGUCCCCGCAGCCAGAAGAUGAUCCUACUUCUCCAGAUUCGACUCGCCCCGGCGGCCUGGCUACAGUCCUUCGUAGCUUAACAAAUUCCAAGGCGAUCAAAGCCCCGCCUCCUCCUUCGAACCCGUCGGCUGCCUUACCUCGAGCCGAGCUCAUCAAUGCCAUCCCAACAAACUCCCAUGGGCUGUCCACCAACCAUAUGGAUGCAUUUGAGCAGCUUAAAAACGGCAGCCCCAGCGAGAGAAUCUCUGCCGCGAAUACCUUAAAGUACGCCAUCACUGAAUAUCCACUCAACCCGAUUCUGGAUAUCUGGUAUGCCGCAAAGGACCUCAUCGAUCCAAACAACCCACCCUCGACGAGAGCUGCUGGCUGGGAGUUAUUGACGGAAUGCGCGAAACAUGCAUCUUCGACCGAUUUGGAGCGGAAAGAGUACUUUCAGACUCUGUCCGCAUCUGCCAACCCCGAAGACUUCCAUCUGCAACUAGCAGCUCUAGUCGACCUGACAAGCCAUGGUCGUGUGCUGGAUGGUUUCGACUACGAUUUAUUACCUCUUCUGACGAUUUGGCUGCAAAACGCAUACAAUGCAGCCCGCAUCGCCAGGAAAAACUCUCAUUCUGGCCGCGGUGCCGGCGGCUCUUCCAGGGGCAAGACUGCAGCGUUAGGCGAAGACAAGAACUUUGCGCAGCUGUUUUUGUUUCUCCUGGAUGUCAUCAAGUUCAGCUUCAACACGGCUGACGAGCCGGCCGUUACCGAUCUAAUUGACACCAUACUCACAAUCUGCAUGAAUACAAGCCAGGAGGAUGACUUGCGCUCCUGUAUCAAUGUUCUAGAUGCAAUUGUGACCUUUGGCUCUAUCCCACAGAGCAAACUGAAGGACUGCGUUCAAGUUCUCAGCUCAAUCUACUGCUUGGUUCCCAACUUGCAAAAGAACUCGUGGCACACAAUUGCUAAUCUGUGCAAGUCACACAAUGGCCAAGCCACGGUUCGAAUUAUGCUUGACAUACUCAGAAAUUUGCAACCUGGCAUUAAUGAAAAAGACUCGAGUAGAGAAAUUCGGGGGAGUUUGGCAGUACUCCAGAAGCUGCUGUCGAAGACGACUGAAAAGGGCUAUCCACCGGUUCCGUAUGCACUACUCGUUGAUGGACUGUCGAAUACGCUCAAGGCCACAAAAUCUUUACGAGUCUACGCUGCGGCCUUGCAACUGAUUAAUUCCCUGUUCGACGACGGACUCGGCAGCAUCCACCGUCUCAUCGUGGACGAAGAUUGGUCGACUUCUCUUGACGUUGCGGCUGAGUGUUACCGACGUGUUCAUGAAGGCACUGACGGACCACAAGGCAUUCAGGCCAAUGACGAAUCUCUGGAAGCUGUGGUUGACCGCGAGCUCCUGAAGCUCGUCCGACGUCUAGACACUGUCAUCAAGGAGAAAUCUCGCGACUUUGUACCCCGACAAACCAUUGUUAAAUUUUUUACCGACGUUCACAAUCUACUCCCGGAUGAAACAGCCAAGACUGUUCUGGAUUACUUUCAAGAAUUUCGGUGCUGCUCUCCAUCUGAUUUGAGAUGGGAAGAAAACCUGAAUCUGGUGUUGAAAGCCUUCUUCAGUAACCGCAGUCGAAGCUCCGACACACGACUUAGGGCCCUCCAGGCCAUGAUGGACGCGUACGAGAUUGUCAACCUUGUCGGUGAUGGCGCAGAGCAGAACUUCAUUCCGAGGAUGGCCAAGAGCAUACUGCAAAACAUUGCUGAAGAAGGUGACGUUUUGGUUCUCGAUGCCGUCAUGUCACUAAUGGUUUCCGUUGUUGUGUCAUGUGACAUGGAGCUUUUUGACUUUGUGAUUGAUGCUUUGAGAGCCAUAGUCGUAGGCGAUAGGCUCAAGUCUCCCAUAUCACCUUCUGUCCUGUCAGCUACAAUUUCUCCAACAAUGAUAGACGCACCUACGCCCGGUCUCAGACAGUCACAGUCUCCUUCACAUGUUGUUACAAGAGGUUACGUCAGAAUGUUUCUGCGACUCAUGAAUUCACAUAGCUGCAAGAGUGUGAAGUUGUACAAUGCCCUGGUUGGCAUUGCUAAAACGAAUCACUGCGAAACUGACGCCAGGCUAACGGCGAUGAAGCUUUUGUUUCGACUGCGCGCCGAUUGGGCCAACAGAGUCUUUGUCACGGACGACCUUGACAAUAUUUCUCUGGCAACUGCCAUGUACCGCACAGACGCCUCAUUUGCCAAGAAGCAGGCUGAAGAAGCAGCUCAGUCUCUUCGUUUGUCAAGAAGCGAUCAUGGUAAUCAGUCCCGGUCGUCGCGAGGGGUGUCUCUAAGUCAGUCUCAGCAUCAAGAGAGAGGUCAUCCAGUACGAACACCAAGCGGGGCCAAGAACAUUACUGCGAGAUACCAACAGCUUUGGAGAUGCCCAGAUCCGCAGGCCCUGCCAGAACAAAUCCCUAAUCUCAUCAGUCCCGUGCUCGUGUCUCAUUCGACAGCGACUGAAUCCAGCGACGAGAGCGAAGAUGCAGAUGAAGCUGCAUCGAAUGUACUGCAGCAGCGCAAACCAUCAGUGCUUAAUAUGACAAACUGGCUUGAUGCCGUGCUAGAUAUACUACAAGGUAGUGAAUGGGAGAUCUACAGCUUCGCCCUCGUCCAUCUGCCGUCACAACUCAGCAAUCAUGCCAUAUUCAGAGAUGCAAUUCCACAGAUUCAAGAAUUACGUCGAAUAAUUUGCGAUCAAAUCCGAACGAAUGGCUUCCAGGAACCUCCGUUCGCAUCUGGUCUGCGACGGGCUGAUGUUGCUAUAUGUCUAUUCCACAGCCUGACAAUGAUCCUAAGCUACCACGAACACUUUGGCAAGGGUGACGAGGAUGAAAUUGUAAAGACAUUCAUUCUCGGUAUCGGCACCUGGGAACGUACCGCAAAAUACUGCAUUCACGCCUUGUCGAUAUGCUGUCACGAGCUUCCACUUUCUACUAGCAAAUCCCUUGUUCAAAUGCUCAAUCAAAUGGCGGCAAGCAUCACGCAGCCUAACGUGUCAGUUCAUAUUCUGGAGUUUCUCGCCUGUCUGAGUCGGCUACACAAUGUAUACGUCAACUUUAGAGAAGAUGAGUACAGAAUUGUAUUCGCAAUCUGCUUCCGUUACCUGGAGUAUGCAAGGGACAAACGACAAUUACAUCGCGGCAGCCACAACGGUGAACCUAAUGCAGCUGGCAUGUCUGGUGUUGCUACUGGAGAGCCCACGCAGACUGGUCCUCCCUCCGAGGAGCUUCCUCAAUAUGUCCAUGCUUUGGCGUACCAUGUGAUUUUAUUCUGGUUCCUGGCUCUCAAACUUCAGGACCGCGCCACGCAUGUCUCGUGGAUUGUCAAGAAGCUGUUUUCUGAUCCUGACAGCACUGGACAGAAUGCCGACGAGCAAGCUCUUACCUCGAUCGACUUCAUGCAGAGGGUCACGUAUGCCGAUGUGGACGAGUCUUGCGAAGAUCCAUACUUUACUGAGGAUCGGUUCGGACCCAUUGUGAAGAAGCAAUGGAUCAUUGGAAACAGUAUUGUGACAGUGAAACAGGCGACAGUAUCGGGGUGGGCGCAAAUCAUCAAGCGACAGCCUUCUGGGACGUCGGCGUAUACGAUCCGCGAAACCUACGCAGCGCCACCACCACACCAGGUCGAGAACCAAGUCGACGUGAGCCGAGAAGGCCAGCCAACCAGCAAUUCUAUUCUCCCCAGUCAUGUACUGGUUCAACUCAUGUCACCUGUGCCCCAGAGCUUUGAGUCCGCACGACCUAUUCCGUUGCCGGAUGACGAUGCCGUUGACCGUGCAAUCAGGGUAUUCAACCGAAGCUCCAGCGUGGACAGUCAUAAGGUUGGCGUUAUAUACAUUGGGGAGGGGCAGGAGAACGAGGCCGAUAUUCUUGCCAAUGUUUCUGGCAGCAGUGACUACACCGAGUUCCUGAACAAUCUUGGAACGCUGACAAAGCUGAAAGGUGCAACCUUUAACACGCAGGGAUUGGAUCGAGAAUACGACUCAGAUGGCCAAUACACGUUUUGCUGGCGUGACAGGGUGACGGAGAUUGUUUUCCACGUCACGACUCAAAUGCCUACAAACCUAGAGCGCGACCCACAGUGCACUCUUAAGAAGCGACAUAUUGGCAACGACUUUGUCAACAUAAUUUUCAACGACUCAGGCAAACCUUUCAUGUUUGAUACGUUCCCGAGCCAAUUUAAUUAUGUUAACAUUGUGAUAACGCCUGCAUCUCGGGCGUCUUUUAUCGCAACACGGACGACGGAUAGGCCUGGGGCUACGUCUGGACAACCAUUCUACAGGGUCCAGGUUCUGAGCAAGCCUGGCUUCCCAGAAAUAUCGCCGGCAUCGGAGACGAAGAUGGUAUCUUUGAAUGCGCUGCCUGGUUUCAUCCGCCUUCUUGCUCUGAAUGCCUCGGUGUUCUCCCAUGUCUGGAACGCUAGAGAGGGUGGCGAGCACAUCAGUUCUUGGAGUGGUCGGCUCAGGGAGAUUAAGCGUCUCCGAGAGAGAUAUGGACCAAAGACUACGACAAACUUGGUCCCAUCGCCGCCGCCGACCUCGUCCUCACAGAAUCAACCUUCUGAGUCCUCGCGCUCAAGCAGUAGCGUGCGGGAUAGCUUCAGCAGCUUGCGUCGCACCAGCGUGGCCACUUUCUUCACCAGCACCAGCGAACAGACGUCCCACCGGUCCUCGACGCUCUCGACGGCCCCUACACACGACACUGAAGUGGGGAAUGCAAAUGGAGUAAACCCGCUAGUAGAGUCUGUCGACUUUUCGAAAUGGGCUUAA